UUUAUAUUUAUCUGUUUCUACUCUAUUUGAUUACAGGAAAAAAGAGUGAAAGCCUCAAAGUCUUUUGGAUUUUCAUUUGUGUAUCAUUUUCUUUAUUGUUUCAUAAAUCAGAUUUGGGUUUUGUUGUUUCUGAAAGUAGAUUUGGGUGAGUUUAUUUGAAAUAUGUGUUUAUCUAGCUUUGUUUCAUAAGUUGGAUUUAUUUUUACUUAUUGGAUUUUGUAUCUGAUUUGGGUGGUGUUGUUUCUGUACACAGAUUUGGGUGAGUUGUACUGUUUUCUCUAAGUUUGAACUCUUUCAGAAAUCAGAUUUGUAUAUUUCGAAAUCUGUUUAUAUAUGUUUCGAAUAUGUUUUCUCCUAAUCUGAUUUGUAUAUACUAUUUCAGAAAUCCAAUUUUAAGAUUCUGCAGGAGCUAUAUUUCUGACUUUGUUGUCUAAAGAUCCUUUCUAACUAGAUUUCCGACUUCUAGAGACAACAAAAUAUUGAUUAUUGUAAAAUUAGAGAUGUUUUGCUUCAAAAAAUGCACUAAGUCAGAAAUAUAGGCAAAUAUAAGCAAACCUCGGGUGAGUUGUAUGUUUUUGUUUGUUUUAUUUGGUUGAUUAUAAAAUUUAUUGUAUUUUUUAUUUUGUAAUUUUUAUAUAUAUAUGGGCAUAAAAAAUUUUCUCGCCCCGGAGACACGAACAAAAGAUGUAACUUUCUCCUCAUGUUAAAAUCUACUUCCAGUGUGUUAUAAAAAUUGAUUUCUCCUCAUGUUAAAAUCCCUUAUUCAUUUUUAGCUUCUUAAAUCAUCUCUAUUGAUCUAGAGUGAAAGAACAUAUAUAAAUCACGACCUCUGAUCACUGUUUUCCCCACUGAUUUAUGAUCGGAGCUUAAAACCAGACGAUGAAGAAGGACAAAUCAGUGUUAAUUGCAAGCCCUAGCGGAACUACCGAAGCAAAUUCAUCUUUUUCAAACAGAGUAUUCCUUCCAGAAGACGAAGAAUCGGAGAAGCAACAAACUACUAAUGACUUCCCUUUGCCAAUCGCCACUCGUAAUGGUUCCUCGAAAUACGAUUUCGUCAAGGUGAAAGUAUGGUUGGGUGAUAAUGCUGAUCACUACUAUGUCCUCUCUAGAUUUUUGCUUAGCAGAAUGUUGACUGUUACUAAGAUUCCUAAUCAUGUCGCUCUAAAAAUUGCCCUUGAACUCAAGAAGCUGCUCAUAGAUAAUAGCCUUCUGGACGUCUCUCAAUCUGAUCUGGAAGCUAAUUUGUUUAAGCUCAUGGAAAGGCGGGGCUAUGGGCAAGAAUAUAUAAAUCGUUACAAGAUGAUGACAAGAUUUCACCAUCAGCGAGUACCAUUAGUUAUUCUUGUAUGUGGCACAGCAUGUGUUGGAAAGUCAACAAUUGCUACCCAGCUUGGUCAAAGGCUAAACUUGCCAAAUGUUUUACAGACGGAUAUGGUCUAUGAAUUGCUAAGAACAUCAACAGAUGCACCUUUGACAUCUUCACCUAUUUGGGCACGAGACUUUAGUUCAUCAGAGGAGCUAAUUACUGAAUUUUGCAGAGAAUGUAGGAUCGUUCGAAAAGGUUUGGCUGGUGAUUUAAAGAAAGCAAUGAAAGAUGGGAAGCCGAUCAUCAUUGAGGGGAUGCAUGUGGAUCCUAGUAUAUAUUUAAUGGACGAAGAGAACAAAUCACCACAUAAGGCUUCAAAAACAGAUGAAAAUGACUUAAAAGACACAGAAAAUAAUGCUGAAAUUUCCAAGACAAAAGCAAUUGGUGAAGAGUCGGAUAAAGUUUCGGACGGGGUCAGAUCUGUUCAUAUUGUUGACCAGGCUGCUGAUGACAAUAAGCCUAUUCUAAGAAGAGAAAAAUCAGGGGUCACUGAGCCAGUAAUAAUUCCUAUAGUCCUUAAGAUGGCAGAAUUUGAUCAUAAAGCACUACUAGAAGAGUGGAUAUCUAGCAGAAAAUUCAGUGAUAAGUAUCCAAUCCAGGAAAAAGAUAAAGUGAUUAACAACUUAAAAAUCAUUCAAGAUUAUCUGUGCUCAUUCAAAUCACAUGGAUUAACAGUUGCUAAUAUAUCUGCUACAACUUUCCCACAAACUCUUGAUUGGCUGCAUAAUCAUCUUCUUCAGUGUAUUGAGCAAGGUAUAUCGUCUGCCACAAAAGGAAGCAGUAAUCAGACAGGUGGAAGUUAAUUAAUAUCUUGGGAAGCUGUUUGUUUUGUUAAUUGAGU